UGCUGAGUGACAGUCCCCCCAGUAUAAAAAGGCCCCUUGGGGCGGACUGCACUGGGUGUAGCUGAUACAGCAGCAGAAAGAGGGCUUGUUCUGGGGACUGCAACUAGAAAACCUGUUAGGUUGUAGCCACCAACAGGUCUAAGCUACACAAAAUGCGUGAAAUUGUGCAUCUUCAGAUUGGCCAGUGUGGGAACCAAAUUGGAGCUAAGUUCUGGGAGGUGAUAAGUGACGAACAUGGAAUUGACAUCGCUGGGAACUACCGUGGGGAUGCAUCACUGCAGCUUGAGCGAAUUAACGUGUACUUCAAUGAGGCUUACUCCCAUAAAUAUGUGCCCCGUUCUAUCUUGGUGGACCUGGAACCUGGUACAAUGGACAGUGUACGGUCUAGCAAAAUAGGCCCACUCUUUCGACCUGACAAUUUUAUUCAUGGUAAUUCAGGUGCUGGAAACAACUGGGCUAAGGGCCAUUACACAGAAGGCGCUGAACUGAUUGAAAACGUCAUGGAUGUGGUCAGGAAUGAGUGUGAGAGCUGUGACUGCCUUCAGGGCUUCCAGCUCAUCCAUUCACUUGGUGGUGGUACAGGCUCAGGUAUGGGCACGCUCCUCAUCAACAAAAUCAGAGAAGAAUAUCCCGACAGGAUUAUGAACACUUUCAGUGUUGUGCCUUCACCCAAAGUAUCUGACACGGUCGUAGAGCCUUAUAACGCCAUCCUCUCCAUCCAUCAACUGAUAGAGAAUACAGAUGAAACCUUUUGCAUUGACAAUGAAGCUCUAUACGAUAUAUGUUUCAGAACUUUAAAGCUCACCAAUCCUACCUACGGUGACCUCAACCACUUAGUGUCCCUAACGAUGAGCGGUGUCACAACCUCACUCCGUUUUCCUGGUCAACUGAAUGCAGACCUGAGGAAGCUGGCUGUUAACAUGGUGCCCUUUCCUCGCCUGCAUUUCUUUAUGCCAGGCUUUGCUCCACUGACAGCUCGAGGCAGCCAACAGUACAGAGCGCUCUCGGUGCCAGAGCUUACUCAACAAAUGUUUGACGCACGCAACAUGAUGGCAGCCUGCGACCCUCGUCGUGGACGUUACUUGACCGUGGCAUGCAUCUUCAGAGGCCGAAUGUCUACCAGAGAAGUGGAUGAGCAGUUGCUGGCUGUCCAGACCAAGAAUAGUUCCUACUUUGUGGAGUGGAUCCCUAAUAAUGUCAAAGUGGCUGUGUGUGACAUACCACCGCGAGGCUUAAAGAUGGCAGCUACCUUUAUUGGCAAUAACACAGCCAUUCAGGAGCUCUUCAUCAGGGUUUCUGAACAGUUCUCAGCUAUGUUCAGAAGAAAAGCAUUUCUCCAUUGGUAUACUGGUGAAGGUAUGGAUGAGAUGGAGUUUUCUGAAGCAGAAGGCAACACCAAUGACCUUGUGUCCGAGUACCAACAGUACCAGGAUGCCACUGCAGAUGUUGAGGAAUAUGAAGAGGUAGAAGUGGAAGCCAACCCAGAAAAGGAAGCACUGUAAAAACAAUGGUAAUAUCAAAACAUUCUCCGAAUAAGCCUGUGGACACUCACUAAAGAAAAAGCAGUAGCCAUCAUCUGCAUACUGAAAAUAACACCUUUCUUAAGAAUUUUUACUCUACGUCUGGCCAAAAUAUAUUCAGUAUUACAAGACAAUGCUUUUGGAAUUAAUGGCAGCUAUGCUUUACUCUCCUAAACAACUGUUGACACUGAAUUGCUCCCAAAAAAGAGCCACUAUGAAGAUGUCUCGUAACAGCCUUUCUUGUAAAUGUAUUCACUUUUAGAGUAUUAUCACCUGAUCCUGAAUGUAAUAUACAGUCUCUGUGUCUGUGUAUAUAAUCAGAAUGAUAAGCAACAGCAGAAUAUGCUAUCAACUCAUCAAAUUUAUUUAUUCUCAGGUAAACACAGUCCGUGUUUUGUUUGUGAACUUGUUACUGUUUUAAGAACACAGGCACAUCUGUGAGGCCUAUAAAGGCAGUUAUCUAUUUUAUUAUACACUCCACAGACUGAUGUAGGUCUGCAGACAAGUUCAGUUCCUUAAGUAACUAAGUUGCAGGGGAGGGAAGGGGAAAGAACAUGGGGCAAAAGACUGAAUAUACACAUUCUUACUUUUUUUAAUGUCACUUUAAUAGUUCUAUCACAUUGCUGGCUUUUAUAUUAUUGCAGAGCUUGUAUUCAUUAUCAUUGUGUGGUUUGUUUCUAUUUCAAACUAUAGAGUUAUAUUAGCAUGGAAACUUGUGAACAUUGUGUAAAAGUUUCAGUGUGUGGUUUGGGUUUUUUUCCCCCGUGUACUAACUAACUACUGUCAAUUUUCUUCCUAUCAUUCAGUACAGCAAAAUGGAUAGAAUGGUUUGCAGCUAGUUAGAUACAGGUUCAAUGGCAAUCACUAAAUAAAAAACAUAUCUUGACUUAAAAAAAAAAAAUUCUUA